UACAGACUGGCGCGCGCUGUUCAAACGGAUUCAAAACAGUGAGAAGAAACGCGGCAGAAAAAGCAGAGGAUCAAACUUUAUACCGACAUUUAUUGUUUUAUAUACAGCACGACAGAAACGUGUUUGGGAGGAAAAUGAUACCCACUGCUACCAGGAAGAGGAAGCUCUCCUCGCUGGACUCUGACAGCCACCCGGCCAAGAACAGGGUGAGGGAGGAUGUGUCCCCCGUGAAGAGGAGCUCCCCCAGAAAGCCACCACAGUCUCCGACCAGGAAGAAGCCAGUUGGGCGCCCGAAGAAGGAGAACUGUACCUCCCCACAGAAAUCCCCAAGAAGAGCAGCAGGCUCUCCAGCCAAAUCACCUCGUAAAUCUCCAUUCAAACCUUCCAUGGUUACAAGUUCCUUCUAUGGCCUGAAGAAACCCGUAUAUCUUACUCCACUAGAGAGGAAGGCAAUAAAGGACUCUCGGCCUUCUCCUCCUCCUCCUCUUCUUCUUCCUUCCCCUCCUUCCCAGGAGAAAAAGAAAAAGAAGAGGAAUGUUAAAGGAGGCAGCAAGCAGAGAAAGGUGGCUGCAGUAUCUAGUAAUGUGAGGAACACGGGUACCAUAGGCAAUGCGAUCUCUUUAAAGAUGAUCAAACUACCCAAACUCAACAGCAGUGUCGCUGCUAAACCAGCGUCCAGCACAAUCGCUUCUUCCGCUAGCAGCACUAAGCCAGCAGAGUCCAGGAAAGCAACCACCAUCGCUUUCAGCAGCCUGAAGCCCAAACCGAAGAUCUUUGUCGGAGCUGCUUUCUUCGGUACAGGGAAGAAACGGACGUCCAUGUACAAGAAAUCUGCACCAAAAUCUUCAUCCAGGCCAGCUUCAGUUCCAAAAAGCAAAACCGUCUUGCUGCAGACAAAAAGUGAGAAAUCAAAGCCACCUGCUCCGUUGAUGAACCAACAACAGAAACACCCUGAAAAGACGGAUGUCCAGCCGGUGGAGACAGAAGAGAACCAGCCGAGCGCCAAGCAAAGAACAAAGUUUGAUCCGUCAGACUGGAUGGUGCCUGUUUACGAAGAGCCUGAAACUCCACAGCCAUUCAGGUCCCCUAAGAUGUUGUCAGAGAAAUAUGGGAUUACCAAGGAGCUGAUGAUUGUGUUAUCAAGGACACCAACAGGAAGUCCUGCAUCCACGGCUGUAUCUCUCAGCCCUCAGGAUGGUGGCUCUGAACCAAUGUUUGACAUGAGUGAGAUAAGUCCCACCAGUGCUGCUGCCAGCCCACCUAAAGAAUCUUCAGCAAUGUAUCCCAUCUUUGGCUCUGCCUCAAAGAGGUUAAAGAGUCCAGCUCUGCGGCCACCAGUGUCUUGCAGCACGCCCUCCGGCCAGAUAACGCCCCUUCAAACUACUUCUUCACUCAAAGAGCGACCUGUUCGCAGGAGGAAAGAGAAACAGGAUGAUGACCAGUAUAUUAUCGACGCCGGUCAGAAGCAGUUUGGCGCGACGACCUGCAGCUCAUGUGGAAUGGUUUACAGCGCAGACAACCCAGAGGACCACUUCCAACACACCCAGUUCCACCAGCGCUUCCUCGACUCCAUCAAAUUUGUGGGCUGGAAGAAAGAGCGUGUGGUGGCCGAGUUCUGGGAUGGAAAAAUCCUCCUAGUCAUGCCAGAUGAUCCCAAAUACGCCAUUAAAAAGGCUGAUGACGUGCGGUGUGUAGCGGACAAUGAGUUGGGUUUCCAGCAGGUGACCCUGAGCAGACCCACACAGGCCAAAACCUACCUCUUCAUCAACACAGAGCGCAUGGUGGUGGGCUGCCUCGUCGCCGAAUCCAUACGUCAGGCUUACAGAGUCCUCGAGCAGCCGGACCAACACAAAGACAUGACGAAAGACGACUUCAUGGAGCGACACCGGGCCUGGUGCUGCUCCACCGUCCCACAACAAGCUCUGUGUGGGAUCAGUCGCAUCUGGGUCUUCAGUCUGGCCAGACGACAGGGCAUCGCUACACGCAUGCUGGACACCGUCAGGAGCACCUUCAUGUACGGCAGCCAUCUAACCAAGCAAGAAAUCGCUUUCUCUGACCCGACGCCUGAUGGGAAACUGUUUGCAACAAAGUACUCCAACACGCCAACCUUCCUUGUUUACAACUUCGUUGCAUGAAGUAGAUACACGGAUUAAAGGUGCUUUACUGUGUUAACUGACUCGUUGAAUUAUAAGUACUGCAUAUUAACAGAUCUUCAGGCAAUUGUUAAAUUGACUUUCAUAUGCAAGGCAAUAACUGUUCAGGUUUUUAUUAUGUGGACUAUACGUUAGUUUGCAUUAAUGUGUGUAUAAGCUUCAGUUUUAUAGCUAUAAUACAUUCUGUGUUCAGGAUUAAGUAGAGUUUUUAAAGGUUCAUUAUACAGCUGUUAUCGAUCAGUAUUUAUACGCUGUAAGUUACUGUUGAAUGUAGUGUUUAUUGGCAGUGCUUUCUACUCAGAUGUUUAUAUUCUGCUUAAUAAGGAGCUUGAAACCGCCAUGGCUGAAGAUUUUUGCAAAGGUACUAAAGUCUCCUUUUUGAUACAAAUUUCAUUUAUAUGUUCAGAUUGUUCUUUUUUCUAGACAGGGAAAUAUGUUUAUACACCUUUUGGAAGUUGGGUGCCGUUAUUGUUCCUUUUGUAAAUACACUCAUUGCCUUUUGCUUUAUGAUACUAAACAUGUUUCUUGAAAAUGUUUCAGACUUUGGAGUAUCAUCUGUUUAUCUG